AUGUCGGCCAAUGAAACAUGUGGACAAGCACUUGAAACCGCCUCCUAUAUCUAUCCAAUUAUUCUGCAUCUCAUCUCAAUAUUAUUGACCUCACGAGCUCUUCAAAUUCAGUUUAGAUUGAGAGAAAUGUUCCAUCCCUUCUUCAGUUUGUUACUGUUCCUGGUGCUACUCAGUUACAAUCUGAGCAACGUACUUGCAAUUAUCGGAACUCUACUGGUGAUGUUUGGAGUUUCUGAGGAUAUCGUCUAUAUCGGCCAUUGCCUCUAUUACCUCUGCUAUUUCUAUAUCAACGGCAUGAUGUUCUGCUUAGUUGUGGAACGAUUAGUGGCUACUAUACUCAUGAAAACCUAUGAGUAUAAUCGGAAAUGGUGGCCAGUGGCGUUGAGCCAGCCUUUCGCUAUCAUGGUGGCAAUUGUCAACUUUUUCAUUCGGAAUAUCACAUCCAGAGUGAUAUCUAUGAUGGCUUUAUACGCAUUAAACAUUGUGUGCCUGAUCAUUCUUCUCUGCGUCAACUACCGUAUUACAAGAGCUUUGGCUGGUACUGGGGCGACGCUUUCUACACGAUAUCAGAUCACCGAGAACAUCCGAACUAUAAGGGUACUCCUUCCAACGGUGCUCUGUGACGCAAUAGUGUCAGCAAUAGACGUCUCCGGUGCCCUUUACUUCGAUCUACAGCACGUUUUUCAAGUGACAAGAUGCACUGAGGACCAUUACAUUGCCGCCUUUUAUGGAUUCAUUUCGGCGUCAGCAAUUUUCGAAUUCCUCGUACCGUUGUCGCUACUGCUAUCUCAUCCAGCCUAUCGCAGGCAUUCUUUACUACUUUAUGAGAGACAACCAAUGCGUAUUCAACAAACAGUCAUCAAGGAUAAAACUUUGCCAAAGGUGAUCAACGUCCUCGGUAUCGAGAUUGCCAAUGCUGGUGAACAAGCUUACUUCGAGAAUCUUUCGCGGGUCUGGAAUCUUCGGCUAUAG